AUUUCAUUACUCGCUCCAACAAUCGUUCGUUGUUCAUCGCAUCAAAAAAAUACGAAUGUUCAUUAUCAAAAGCUCGAGAAAUUGUCCAGAUUUUCGAUUAAUGCGCCUGACGCCCGGGUUUUCCCAUUUUUCCCGACUUUACCGAAGUGAAAAUGUGAGCGAGCCACUUCCAUACGCGAUUACAACCGUCUGAUCGUUUUUCGGGUAUUUUUCAAUGUUCAAUUCUCCAGUGUUUCUCGUACUCUGCAAAAAAAAACUCAAACUUAAUGGUCAGAACAUUGAGAGAUCAUUGUUGUGGUGUUUGUUCGCUCUGAGACAAUGAACACGAGUAACAGUGGGAGUGCAGAGGCUGCCGGUGACAAGAGACAGCCAGAGGCUUCCCAGGGCCCUCCGCACAGUCUAGCUACCAUUCAGAAUGUCCACAGGAUCCAGACCAUCCAGAAUAUCGUGCAGAGCAAUGUGCAGACGAUACAGCCGACCCAGAGUGUCGUCAGUACUGUGGCAUCAGCUAUUGUGGGCAAGUCUAUUUCCCUGGAUUUGAAUCCAAAGCUGUCGCUCAUGAAGUCUGUGGUGCAGAGUGGGGCUGCUGUGUCCGGGGAGACCAGCAAGAUCACCACGACCCUCUGCUCGGUGGGGUCAACCGUGAGGAUAAUAUCCCCAGGCAUGUUGAGCACUGUAGAGCGUCAGAAUCCAUCCCCAGGGCAGAAUCAGGGGGUCCAGCAGGUGGUAACCACCAUUCCAGCCACGUACCACGUACCAAGGGGCCCAGCAGCAGUCGCCAACAUCUCGGCGCCCAGGUCCACUGUCGCAACGCCCAUUGUCAGGGCUAGUGGAGGAGCUGCUGUUGUUCCCAUUGCCAGACCAGGAGCUCCAACAACAGUGACAGCGACCCAAUGGCCCCCGAAGACCUCAGUAGUCUACGCCCCUCCCCAGCGUCACCCAGUUCCCCCCGUGACUCGAGUGACAACUCGACCUCAAGCUGUCUACACCUCCCAGCAGCCCCAGCUGGUGCCCCAAUCCCAAAUCCGCCCAGUCCAGGCGACAGUGGUGACAGCCACAGUCUCAGGAGCUGCCCCACGACUGCUCACCCCUGUUCUUCAAUCUACCAAUGCCCUCACGAGGAUACCAGUCCCCCAGGUGCGUCCAGCUAUUCCUCUGGUGUCCACAGCAGCUGUGGCACCAUCCAGACACCCCCCUCAGUCGAUCCAGGCGACUCAGCCCACGAGAACCCUCGCGAUACCAGCGACAACGAACAGGGUCACGGUGACAGCACCUGUGGUGGGAACAGCCAGUAGAAUACCAGGAACAGCUUCUCUGACGGUGCAGCCAGCCCUUGGGCGCCAACUCUCGUUGAACCCCACCCCUGGGGCCACCACUAAUUUCUCGAGGGUUGUGAUCCCCUCGCAACAGGUGCAGCAGGCACCAGGCCAUCAACAAGGUGCCAGAGUGGUGCAGACAAUCACCUCCCUCGCGAACAUCGGGACAGUCUCCCGAGUGCUAGCGACGACGACCUCAGGCCCGAUCACGAACAUGGCGAGGGUGACGCAGUCAGCGCCGACGUCAGUCGCCCGAAUAACAGGAAUGACCCUGCACUCGCUGCCGCUGGCCUCCCCCCGGCCGUCGCCAGGGCCGAUGAAGCCCCUGCAGGCCCAGACGAUCACCCAGACAGUCCAGAUAAAGUCCUCAGGCCAGCAGACCCUUCGCGUCACCCCGGCAGCUCCAGUGAUCGCCACAACCUCCUCGACGAUCGUCACCUCAGCCCCACCAGCGACGAUAAUCAUCAACAACACGAACAGCAUCCCCAGCUCUCCGAAUCAGUAUCAGUACCGUCAGGGUCAGCCAGUGAGGCUCCUGGUGGAGCCUCCGCACGAGGACAACCACAGCAAGCCCAACGCAUCCCCAAGGCCGAGCAUCCUGAGGAAGAGAGACCACGACAGCUCUCCAGCGAAGUCAAUAGCCAAGAACCUGGUGCCUGUGCUGACCGCCCUGGCAGCUAGGCAGUCCAUUGGGAGUCCCCCGGGGUCCCCAAGGGGCGACAGAGAGGGAAAUCACAGCUCUGGAUCGACCACUGUCUCCGCCACCAGCUCCCCAGGCCUCGACGAGGAGCCUGAACAGUCCAGGAUCAGCGUACAGAGCAGUGUGAUGGAGAUGAGUCCCAGGAAAAAGCCCAGGAAGCAGCAGCUCACGGGGGUCGAGCUCACCGAGGCCAGGUGCAACGUCGAGGACAUGCAGUUCAUCUGCGAGGACAAGAUCAAGAGGGAGAUCAAGGAGGAGAGGAGGGACAAGUUCGGGGAGAGGGAGAGCGCGCAGACUGUUGUCGUCAGGGGGAGGCCUACGCCGAGUCUCAUUGGUAAGGAUUCUUCGUGGAAGAACAGGUGGGGAGGAAGACUGCAUCAUUUCAGGAGGCCUGGCGAUGUCCGGCCGAAGGAGGAGAGGAGACCUACUGUCGCUGAAAUUGCUCAGCAGAAGUUUGUUCUUCAGAAGAUCAAUGGGUGGAAGGUUUAUCAGCUCACAGCGCAGAUGGAGGACCUUGCGGAGUUGGAGAAACAGGUGCAUGAGAAAUUGAAAUCCACUCUCCUAAUGCUAGAGUCUCAACAGCCCACAAAGAAUCGCCAAGACGACGGUAUCGAGCGUGCAAAUGAAUUAAUCAAAGGAAAUAUGCAGAGAAGUAGUUUAAUAAGUGAAGGUAUGAGUGAAGCGAGGACUCAACUUAUCGCGAUAUUCCAACACAAGGAUCACGUGAGUGAUAUGUUGCAGCGUUGUGGUAACAAACGAUCGCAAAAAAAGCGUGACAAAUGAAUGGAAUUAGUGGACUCUUCGGGGUUCUCCAAGAAGUCAAACUUUGGGGUUUCAGAGACUAAAUAUUUAUAUCUUUCAGUGUUUUUUUAAGUCAUGCAGAGAAUAGAUUAUAUUCGAUUAAUACAAAAUGUUUUCCAGCACCUCGUGGUUUCAUUACUCCACACUAUUUCUACUUCAUAAUGUAAGAAUUAGCUAAUUAAUUAAUUGUUAAUUAUUUUUGUAAUGACGAAAAUUUUUUCACAAAUUGGAAAAAUAUUUUUUUUGCUUUAGAAAAAUCGCAAUAUCUCCGAGACUAUUGG